AUGACCUUAAGAACAAUCCAAAAACCUAUUUGCAUGAUAAAAAUUUGUGAGGAAGAAAAAUUCAUUAAAAUACCAUGUACAAGAUUGAGAAAAGGAGAUAUGAUACCUACAGAAAAAGAAGAAGUUGCUGUUCCAUAUCCAAAAGAAUGUACAAAACUAAAGAUUCACAAAUUUAUGGAUUUGUUAAUAUAUCAGGAAUUAAGAAUGAUAAUAUAG